AUGGCGAGUUUGCCGCUUCGCCUGGAGAAUGCCAGGAGACUUCUAAAGAUGAGAAGCUUGAGUACGUCUGCGCCGGAGGCUGCUUUAAGCGAAGCCAAAGAGGUGGCCCAGGCGGCACGUGACAACAAUGACUUGCAGCUGCUCGCGGAAGCAGUGAGCCUCCAAUCCCUGGCGAAUUUGGCGUUGCAACGUGUCUCGGAGGCCCAAGAAUUGGUGCAGCAGACGUUGGGCGCGGCGCGCAGCGCAGGCCACGACGUGGCGCAGCUCAUUUUGCUGGCUGCCGCCUCCUCAGCGGCCCUGGCAGCGGAUGACCGAGCACGGGCCAGGAUGAUGGCCGAUGAAGGCCUGUCCAUGUUGAAGCGGCUGGGCACAUCCUUUGAGAGGAGCCACAGGGAAGUGCAACUGCAGCUGUUGAUCGCCAAGGGCAACGCUCAGCUGAGCGACCAAAACCUGGAAGGAGCCGCUGCAGCAGCCUGCGAGGCGCUGACCAUCAGCCGACAUGGUCAAGAUGAGGAGGGCCAGGGGGAGGCUUUGCACCUCAUCUGCUUGCUGCACAUCUUCUUCGGCAGGAGCGCUGCGCAGCAAGCGGUGAAGCAGCACUUCCCAGGAACUGCACCUCUGUCGACCCUGGAAUCCUCCAAUGAAGCCGCGCAGCUCUUCAGAAGACUGGAGAACCAGGAGGGCGAGGCCAUGGCGUUGCUUUCCAUCGCCUCCUGCCGCCUGGCGCAGCCCGGCGCGCAGCCCGGCGCCCUGGAGGCGCAGGGCGCGGCGCAGCGGGCGCGGCAGCUCUUCCAGGCGCUGCGGCACCGCCGGGGGCGGCUGCGGAGCCUGGAGCUGCUGCAGCAGGCGAUGACGGAGACGAUGAUGGCGCUGGAGGCCACUGAGGAAGAAGUAAACCUCUUUGCUGCUGAAGGGGAUGUAGCUGGACAGGUGGACGCUCUCCGCCUGUUAGCGGACUUCUACAUCAAUGCCAGGAUGUAUGGAGAAGCUCGCAGCGCCCUGCGAAAAGCUUUGAAUCUGUUGGCAGAGUCUGGCGCGAUUGAGAAGGAGGUCCAAACGUUGCUUCUCCUGUCGCACGUGGAGGAACUCCUGGGCUCACCCACUGCAGCGCUGAAGGUGGCGCAGCAGGCCUUGACGCUCAGCAAACGUACCGCCGAGUCCGCCGCGUCCGCCGUGUCCGCGCGUCGGGCGGUGAGUCGGCUGCUGGUGCAGAGCGGCCAGGCGCCGGAGGCGCCCAACCGGCGGGCGGCGAUGGAAGCGCUGCGAGAUCUCACUGAGGCUGUGCGGAAGCGUGAUGCCACGUCAUUUCAGAGUACCAUGAAGGCCCUGGAGAACUUGUCAGGCUACGAGGAGAGCGAUGUCAAGGCUGCGCUGAUUGUGGAGGAUGACGCGGAUCAAUCAGGUCUGACGAGAUUCCUCAAGCAGCAGGGGCAGUUGGUGUCAACCACCGGUGGCUCAACCCUGAUGACAGCCUUGAGCCAUGCGCUGCUCUAUCUCUCUUUCCGCUUAGGUGGCCUCGGCUAUGGCCCACGGUUUCGUAGAUGCUAUGCCUAUGGGGUGCAGGGGCAGGAUGAGGACGAGAUGCAUGCGGUGGCCUAUCUGCGACACCUGUCAUCACAGGAGGAAUGGCAGAAGAACAUGGAGAUCCAGCCCCCGAUGUUGGAUUCUAUGCAGCAUUCGCUGAACGCCGUCACCAUGACGUAGUGACGUAGUCCCCUGCGUGGCCGGGAUGGCACAUUGCCAAACGGACUGCUGUUAUUGAAAUUUCUAAGAUUAUUUGGCCAGGAAAAACUAUGUCCAGCUUGCCAACUUCGACUCUUCCGAGGGUUGAAAACAGAAACUCUGCUGCCUGGAUGCUGACUGUUUG